UGAAUAGUGACCUGAUGAGCUCCUUCUUCACAUGCCACUGCACCCAACAUCCCUGCGCAAACCCUUCCUCGCAUGCAUUUGCAUAGAGCUUCGAAUGUUUAAGAUGAGAGAACUCAACGUGCUCAUAAUAUCCUCGCUCUUAUCUCUCGGCUUCGCAGAUACCUUUUCCCCAUCUUCUAUUGACUUUUCGCCGCUCGUCACACCGCAGGCUGUGCUGCCACGACAGGAAACCCAAGACUCACGCUUCAUCGGCUUCUACCUCCCCACAGGAACACUUUCCUGUAACGCGAAUUUCUUUUACACAACUGCAGUGUUUUUCGUGCGCAGUACCAGCUCCACAAUCGCGACAUGUUUACCCAACGAACAGAAAACAGAUGUGCGAGGUGCAGAGUGGUGGGUGGAUUGCACGCAUCGGAUUAAUGGAACGAGGGCAGAGACAUUGUACGCCUUUAAUAUUUCCCCUAGUUGUUUGACUAUAUUCCAGCAUAUUUGCACUUAUCAUGGAACAUUGUCAGGACGGGUUUGCCCACGCUAGGAUUAGGGCGAACGUUCAUAGCAUACAAUUUUCAGUCCUGAGAUACUCCAAUCCAACCCCCACGUUAGAUAAUGGAAUGUAGUACAGUACAGUAUGCACUGA